AUGGUGAUUCACUUGGAGGCGGUCAAGUGUCUUUUAGUAAUCCUCAGUUCACAGAUGUAUCAUGACAAUGUCCUUACAUCCUCAGUUUUCUUUCAGUAUUUAAUUCAGGGAAAAUGUUCUUCAAGAUCUGCAGAGUUAACGAAAGCUCUUCUAACAAAUUAUUUGCAACAUAACGUACCUUACGUAAAGAGGAAAGAGAAGGAGCCUGAAAGCAUUAUUUUAAGCUUAGCUGCUUCUUUAUGGUCUGCCGUGCAGAAUGCAGCAGGCAUGGAGGAUGCUGGUUCAACAGCAGAUGAGACAUUGAGGCUACCUCCAGCGUCGCUGGGUUCCAUUUCAGUUCUCCUAUUGCUUAACCUUUCUUGCCAUCAGUGUCCGGAAGGAAAAAAUAAUGCAUACAAAGAUGCGCUCUCAAAGUUUGAAAAUGCGCAAGAAGUUUCUUCUGUCGGGAGUGGUGAGGGUAGUGUUUUUAAAGUUGACUACAGCGUACUGUAUGACCGUCUAUGCGCCACCGUAUGUGAGCAGCCUCCCAUGCUUCUCUUGUAUCUGCUGCUGCACACAAAUGUUAUGUUCCGCAACUACGUUCUCUCGAGGAUUAAUUUAGAAAAUUUGGUUGUUCCUGUACUUAGAGUUUUGCACGAUGGAGCUAGCUGUGGUGGAGCCUUAUCUUUCAGUAAUUCUCACCAUGUUUAUCUUGCACUUAUAGUUAUCUUAAUUCUUAGUGAAGACGAUUUCUUCUGUAAGAUAGUUCACGAAACGGUCAUCAAAGACACCUCAUGGCUUGCUUCUGACCGUUUUCUUGGUGAAAUAUCUCUUGGCGGGCUAAUAAUAAUCAUCUUAGUACGAACCAUUCAAAUGAAUAUUUUAAAAACCAAAGACAGGUAUCUGCACACAAACUGCCUCGCUGCUCUUUCGAAUAUGUCAUCUUCUUUUAAGAACUUGUCUCCAACAGUUUGUCAACGUCUUGUUGGUUUGUUGGAGUUGUUCACGAAAAGGCACUCGAAGCUGAUUGAACAUAUGCGAGUGAGUGCAGAAUACGAACUGGAACAAGAAAAACAAACCCGUAACUAUGUUAUCAGCUAUUUCUCUUCACGGGUGCAGACUUUGAAAAAAGAAUCGUCUGUUAGUGCAGUGCUGGAAACGAUUGAGGCUGGUGCAUUACACUGGCCGUCCGACAAGUUAAAAAAAUUUCCAGAACUGAAGUUUAAGUACGUUGAGGACGACAACACAGUGGACUUCUUUGUUCCUUAUGUUUGGAGACUUGCUUUUCAGUACUCAACUAUAUAUUGGGAUCCAUGCCGCAUAAAACUUUUCAACGCUCUCUGCUAUACAUGA